UACUUGAGUGAGUAGCCCCUAUUGCAGAACGUCAAAAAAGGUGUAGUGCGAGUGAAUGUUUUUCCACAAAAUAAUUUAAUUUUCUGCAUUUUAUGGAGUUUCUAGUGCAAAAAUCUCGUGGAAAAUCAUCUAAAGUGUCUGUAGUAGCGGGUGCGGUGUGAAAGUGACUCCGAGGAUUGGGGAAUUAAUGCGAAAAGCCACGCUCAAGAUUUAACGCGAAAAUGCACCGUAGAAUCUCAAAUAACUUCACCUACGUGAGUUCGUGCGUAAAGUACAUGAUCUUCAUGCUGAACUUCCUGUUCUGGCUCCUGGGGGGCCUCCUAAUCGGGGUGGGCUUCUAUGCCUUUGUGGACAAGUGGCAGGCGACGGGAUGGCUCAAAGUCGACAACUUCUACGACGUCAUCCUCAACAUUUCCCUCGUCAUGAUCAUCGCUGGGGGUGUGGUGUUCGUCGUGAGCUUCGCCGGAUGCCUGGGGGCGCUGCGUGAGAACACCUGCCUCCUGAAGUUCUACUCCAUGUGUCUCCUCAUGUUCUUCCUCCUGGAGAUGGCUAUUGCCAUUGUGGGCUUUGUCUUCCCACACAACAUGAACAACUUCCUCGAAGACUCCUUCACUGACAAGAUCAUCACGACAUACCGUGAUGACCCAGAUCUGCAGAAUCUCAUUGAUUUCGCCCAACAGGAAUUCAAGUGCUGUGGCCUCAGCAAUGCUGGCUACAUGGACUGGGGCAAGAAUGAAUACUUCAACUGCUCAUCCCCGAGUGUUGAGCGCUGUGGCGUCCCCUACAGCUGCUGCAUCAAUGACACAGAUAUCUCAUCGGGCUUAGUGAAUAUCAUGUGUGGCUACGGGGCUCAGAAUGCUUCCGUUGCAGCAGCCAGCAAGAAGAUUUGGACCAGUGGAUGCAUUGAGAUUGUACGUGUAUGGGCAGAGAGGAAUCUCUACACAAUUGCUGGGGUAGCCCUUGGGGCGGCACUCAGUCAACUCUUUGUCAUUUACCUGGCCAAGACUCUCGAGGGUCAAAUUGAUCUUCAGAAGAGUCGAUGGUCGUCAUGAGUGAUUAUCGGGGGUGGUGGACGCUGUGUGUAAGAACUUCCACAACACAUUCUCAUAAUAAUUAAUUAAUUAAUUUGUUCCGUCUUGACUUUUCCGCCGAAACCCCAAGAAAACAAUUUAAUUUUCUUAUAAAUAUUUUAUUCCAAAACUAACCCCGUAUUGCUAGCAUUUUAAGUCUUGUGCCCCCCCAUUUUAUCUUCUUCCAUCCGGAAGAGGAAGAGGUUGUGGCAAAAUACUCUCUUGGAGUGUGAAAAGAAAAGUAUUGUUUCGUUAAACAACAAGGUACUGUUACGUGAAUAAUUCGCUGCCCAAUUUAAUUGGCAUUUAUUUCGUUGGAUAAAGAAUUUUUUUCUUAAGGAGAAGAGGUGCAGUAGAAGUGAGUCCCCCCAUAUCCCCCGCAAAAUAAAUUACAAUUCAAGUAAAUCCCAAGAACUUUUUGAUUUUUCCCCUCAUAAAUCUUGGGACGAAACCAGAGUGUAUUUUUAUUAUUAAUCUUAAUUGCAUAAUAAAUUCUUAUUAUUAUAGUCAAACUACACACAUUGUACGUACAAUUUAAGAAAGAAAGAUUUAAUUCAUAAGAAAACGCAAUGACGCCAUAGAGAGCGUCCAAAAGUCGAGAAGAGAAGAAACGUGAGGAAUUUUGUGUAAAAAAAAAAUUAAAGUGGUGGCUCAAUAAUAUUAUAAUAUGUAAUAAUUGGUGAAAAAGACUUUAUUUUAGAGGAGUUAUUAAAAUUCAGAUCAAUGCAACAAACAUGUUAAGAAAAAACACAAAAAUAAGAAAUAAAUUCCAUCCAAAAGUCCGCUAAAACGAGGAAAUCAAAAAAAAGGAAGAGAACAAAAAACUUGAUACCAAAUAAAACCAAAAAUAUUUUUCUCUAUCGACAAUAAAAAUGAGUAAAAAAUGUGUUUAAUGAUUUUCUAAAUUUAGCUUAAUCUCAAUUUUUCUCAGAACUACGCGAAAAUAAAAAACAGAAUCAUAAGCAUAAUUUGUGCCAAAGGCGAUAAUUCGUCAUACUUUCACUUUAUCAUGUUUUUUUUUCUUCACAUUUCCUAAAAAAUACAAAAAAUCUCUUUCACUUUUCAAUAAAAAAAACAUACAAUUAUGCUUUUGCAAUACACAACAAUUUAAUGCAUUAAAUGAAAAUGAAGAAGAUGAUGCCAUGGAAGAAUGAAUUAUGUAUUAAUUGUAUUAAUUAAAUUAAGUGGAACAAAAUUUUGUGAUUAAAAUGAAUUUGAGAGGAAUGUUUUUAGUGGAAAGACGAAAAAUCUCAUGAAAAGGAAAAUUAAUAAUGUCUUUUAAUAAAAAUAAAUGUUAAGCCAAUCUGAAAAA